GAUCAAAGAUUGGUCAGGAAAUCAAUCCUCCUUGCAGCUGUUAGCAAAGAUGGAGUCGGUUCAGGUUAAGUGCCCUCCGUCGCUGUCUCCUAAAUAUGAAGGAUCAUUUGCAUAUCUCACAGUAAGAGACAGGAUGCCCACCAUCCUGACCAAAGUCAUUGAUACCAUUCAUCGAAGCAAGAAUAACUUCUUUGAGAAACAUGGAGAGGAGGGCGUGGAGGCCGAGAAAAGGGCGAUCUCCUUCCUGUCCAAACUGAGGAACGAGCUACAGACAGACAAGCCCGUGCUUCCUCUGACCGACACGGCGGAGGAUACGGAGACCUGGAAUCAGUACAUGCAGAGGCAGCAGGAACUGAUGGAGGAGAGCAAACCCGUCAGCUGGUUCAAGUCGCCUUGGCUCUAUGUGGAGUGCUACAUGUACAGGAAGAUCCAGGAGGCCUUGUGGCUGAGUCCUCCUAUAGGUGAUUUCGACGUGUUUAAGGAAGGAAAGCUGAAAGCCUUUUUCGAAUCCCAGAGAGCGAUUAUGUCUCUGUGUACGCACUGGCGAGAGACCCUGACCAGCAUGGGUGAUGCAAAUGAGAAGCAGCUCAAGGAGCAUUUUUUCAAGUUUCUCCAGGUUGCAUUGUGGGGAAACAAGUGCGAUCUGUCCAUCUCGGCCGGUCAGGACAACUUUCAGAAGACGAGCCCCGUCGAUACCCUGUCUGACCUGCAGCGCUUCAUCCUGGUGGACGAUUCGGACAAGGUUUGGUCCGUCUUAACGGCUGUACAGAGUCCUUUAGGAGCAGAAAGACUGGGCGCCAGGGUGGACGUCAUUUUGGACAACGCCGGCUUCGAGCUGGUCACCGACCUGGUACUGGCUGAUCUCCUCGUUUCCUCCGGUCUGGCUAAAGAAGUGCACUUCCACGGCAAGUCCAUCCCGUGGUUCGUCUCCGACGUCAACAAGCACGAUUUCGACUGGACCCUGACGCAAACCACAGCGGCCAAUCACAGGCACAUGUCGGCGUGCGGCGUCCAGUGGAAGCGCUUCAUGAAGGAGGGAGUCUGGUCGUACCACGAUCACCCGUUCUGGACUUUGCCCCACGAGUUCUGCGACAUGCCCGCCGUCGCAGCGGAUCUGUACUCCACCCUGCAGGCUUCAGACCUUCUCCUGUUCAAGGGAGACCUGAACUACCGCCGGCUGACCGGAGACAGGAUGUGGGACCACACGCUACCGUUCGAGAGGGUGUUGAGGGGCUUCCAGCCCGCCCCGCUGUGCAGCCUCAGGACCCUGAAGGCUAACGUGCAGGUGGGGUUACAGCCGGGUCAGGCGGAGAAACUCGCCGCUCAGGAUGCAGAAUGGAUGACCGACGGGAAAUACGCGGUUAUUCAGUUCUCCAGUCCGUCCAGAGAACAGUGACGAUGCAUCUCGGUCUCAGUGUGGUUUACAAGAUGUAAUAUAAAGCCUCCACAAGGGGGCGUUUGCAUACAA